CAACUCAUGGGAUCAAGGAACUUGCAGAGGAGGGAGACAGCGCUACACUCGGAACUGGAAGCGCUACAGUGGGCGAUGGAUAGCAUGAUACAACAUUCGUCCUGCUAGAGAUUUGGGACAGACUGCAAAGACUUGAUUGCAAUGCUAGAACAGCCACAAGAUUGGCCCAACUUCUCAACAGAGCUGGAAAUCAUUCAAACUUUUCGGUUGAGUUUUUCGGACUUCAAGAUCAGCUACUUCCCAAGGAUGCAGAAUGAGAUUGCGGAUUCGCUAGGUAAGAAUGCACGCUCUUUUCAUAGAUCGUUAUGUUUUAUUGGUUGUUCUAUUUCGAUCUGGCUCCCCAGACCAUCUCAAGUUUGAGUAAUAAAAUAGCUAUUUGCCGUAAAAAAAAAAAAAUAGUCUUCUCAAGUUGUCUACAUAAGUACGGCAUUCAGAAGCAUGUUAUAAAACGACCCGUCCCAGACCAAAUUAAAAAGAUGUUGACCAGACCAAACAAAAUAUAAGAACUAUUUACUGGGAGUAUUUUAAAAAGUUUUUAACAAUAGAAAAAAAGGAAAAAUAGUAAAUAGAAGGAAAAUAAUCUAUAACUAUAAAUAUUUAAUUUUUCAAAAAGUAAGUUUAUGAUUAAUUAAUAAAAUAAUAUUAAGAUAUUAUAUUUUAUUAGUGGAAAAUUUUUGUGCAUCUCGUGCACACGGGUCCCACCAUAGAACCAAAAAUUUAAAAAGACACAAGAACAAUACAUGCACGUACCAAAUAUUCAACCGAAGAAAAAGGAGCAAGGCCCGCGAGCUUUAGCACUGGAUCGGAUUUGUUUUUCCUUCUCGAUCAUAUCGAAAAGAAGAUAGAUAACCAGAUGAUAGUAUUUACCUUUCUUUUCAAUUCAAACUCAGACUUAUUUCCGACAAAUCUUUAUCUGUAAUUCAUCUCCCAUCGCAAACAUCCAAUUCCCCGACGACAAACAUCAUGCAGGCUGAUAGGAGAGACAGGUGUACUCAUGUUCUCUUCUUAGCAUAUCAGAGUUUUGGGCUAGCAUUUGGAGAUUUGAGUAUCUCCCCUCUCUAUGUGUAUAAAUGUGCUUUCUAUGGAGGAUUGCGUCAUUACGAAACAGAAGAUACGAUGUUUGGAGCGUUUUCUUUAAUAUUUUGGACCAUAACUCUCCUCUCACUUAUCAAAUACAUGGUUUUUGUUUUAAGAGCAGACGACAAUGGUGAAGGAGGGAUUUUUGCGUUGUAUGCUUUGCUGUGCAGACACACGAGGUUUUCUUUGCUUCUGAAUCAGCAAGCUGCUGAUGAGGAGAUAUCUACUUACUAUGGCCCUGGAGAUGCAAACAGAAGUUUACCUUCUUCUGAUUUCAAAAGGCUUAUAGAACAUAAUAAAAGAUCUAAAACAGCUUUGCUUCUCUUAGUCUUGGCUGGUACUUCAAUGGUCAUUACCAUUGGUGUCCUUACACCCGCAGUUUCGGUUUCUUCAUCCAUUGAUGGACUUGUGGCCAACACAAAUUUGAAGCACAGUAAGCAAUGUUGCAAGUUCUAUUUUGAUUUCCAGAUUUUUUUACUAUUUGUUUUUGCUUGUUCAGGUACCGUGGUUAUGAUAGCAUGCGCUCUGCUUGUUGGACUUUUUGUUUUACAGCACCGUGGAACAAACAAAGUCGCCUUCUUAUUUGCACCCAUCAUGAUUUUGUGGCUGUUUUCAAUUGCAACUGUUGGUCUGUACAAUAUUUUUAAAUGGAAUCCCAGCGUAUAUAAAGCUUUGUCUCCAUUCUAUAUCUAUAAGUUCUUUAGAGACACUGGUAAAGAAGGGUGGUUGUCUCUUGGAGGCAUUCUUUUAUGCAUCACAGGAACGGAAGCUAUCUUUGCUGAGCUUGGCCAAUUUUCAGCUAAAUCUGUAAGGUUUGCAUUCUGCUGUGUUGUUUACCCAUGUCUGGUGCUUCAGUACAUGGGUCAAGCUGCGUUCUUAUCAAAGAACUUUUCUGCUCUACCGACUAGCUUCUAUUCCUCCAUCCCAAAUCCAUUUUUCUGGCCGGUUCUAAUGAUGGCAAUGCUGGCUGCAAUGGUUGCUAGCCAAGCCGUCAUAUUUGCAACGUUCUCAAUUGUCAAACAAUGCUAUGCACUGGGAUGCUUCCCUCGUGUGAAGAUUGUUCACAAACCAAGAUGGGUCCUAGGCCAAAUCUAUAUUCCCGAGAUCAACUGGCUCCUCAUGGUCCUCACACUCACCGUCACCAUCGGUUUCCGAGACACUAGACACAUAGCUUUCGCUUUUGGACUUGCUUGCAUGAGUCUGGCGUUUGUGACGACCUGGCUGAUGCCUCUAAUCAUAAACUUUGUUUGGAAUCGUCAUCUCGUCUUCUCUAUUCUCUUCACCAUCCUAUUUGGGACCAUCGAACUCGUCUUUGUAGCAUCUUCUUGGACCAAGAUCCCACACGGGGGAUGGAUCACUAUCCUCCUUUCUCUACUCUUCACUUUCACCACAUAUGUCUGGCACUACGGAAACCGAAGAAAGUACCUAUACGACCAACACAACAAAGUCCCCAUGAAUACAAUCCUCACCCGUGGCCCGAGCCUAGGGAUCGUCAAAGUCCCUGGGAUAGGUCUAAUCUACACCGAGCUAGCAAGCGGUGUCCCAGCCACAUUCACUCACUUCCUCACCAACUUACCAGCGUUCUACCAAGUGGUUGUCUUUAUCUGCUCCAAAACCGUCCCUAUCCCUUACAUACCGCAGAAGGAACGAUACCUUAUAGGCCGCGUCGGUCCCAAAACGUACAGGAUGUACCGUUGCAUAAUCCGAACGGGAUACAAAGACGUGAACAAAGACGGAGACGACUUUGAAGACGAGCUCGUGGAUAGCAUUGCCGAGUUUAUCCAGCUGGAAUCCGAAGGCUCGGGAUCAAACAGAGACCGUUCUGCACAUGACGGUCGGCUUGCGGUUGUGAAAACCUCAAACAAGUUCGGAACAAGGCUGUCCCGGUCCAUAUCAGACGCUAACAUAGCGGGAAGCAGCAGCUCGAGGUCUCAGACGACUGUGAGUAAUAGCAAGUCGCCGGUGCUGAAGAGACUGAAAGCGGAGUACGAGCAAGAGCUUCCGAAGCUGAGCAUGAGGAGGAGAUUUCAGUUCAGACCGAUGGAUACAACGUUCAGACAGCCGCAAGUGAAGGAAGAGUUGUUUGAUUUGGUUGAGGCGAAAGAUGCUGAGGUGGCUUAUAUAGUCGGGCAUGGUCACGUGAAGGCGAAACGGAACUCAACGUAUGCAAAACAGUUGGUGAUAGAUGUGGCUUACUCCUUCUUGAGGAAGAACUGUCGUAGCCCUGCCGUGAUGUUGAAUAUUCCUCAUAUUUGCUUGAUUAAAGUAGGUAUGAAUUAUUAUUUGUAGUGUAGUGAGAAAGAGAGGAAAGAGUUCUGAUUUUAAUUGUGUUUUAAAAAAUUCUGUGGGAGUUUGUUUUUCUUAAUUUGGUUGAUAAAAGUAUUCUGUGACAAACUGACGAUCAGAAUUGAGAAUAUCACUUGUUUUCUGUUAUUAGUUAA